GGUUCCCAGGAAGCCCAAGUUGAACGUAAAAAGGGUGUAAUUACCGCGAUAUUGUCAGUAAAAAAAUCUGCGAUUCAACGUGACGUGUCCCCAAAGGAAAAACAAAUGAAGAAAUUAACCAAUAACUGCCAUAUGCCAGAUUAAUAUUACCUAUUCACACCGAGACCACUGAUUAGCAGUCGAUUGCAGGACGAAAUGAACCGUUCGAGGUCGCUUACUGAUCGAAAGAACAUAACAUUCCUUCACGCCGUGUGGAACUAGACUGAUCGUCCUCUCUUUGUCUACCUGUCUCGGUUACGGGACCGGCCCUAGGAACAAAGUGCCGCGGGGGGGAGGGGAGAAUUUGAGGAUCAACCAGUGUCAGCACUCGGUAUUGGAGGAGAUGGACCAAUGGAGUUGUCAGAGGUCUCGAGGAAUUUUUGAGGUUAUGUACGACCGAUGUUUGUUGAUCAAUCGAUCGACGACACUCGCUUCUAGUGCCAAUCAUCUUUCUAAUCAAAGAUGAACGUUACAAAGGAACAAAUGAAACGUUGCCUAUCGCUACCUGGAUUGGGCACAGAGGAACGGGAAUUCUCGAGCUCUUCAAGACGAUAAAAAAGUGACUGAGCGACAGACUCUAAUCGCAGCUCGGGAGAAAGGCGAAACCGAUGAGCAACACGAGAGCCGAGUGUUCUAGACAAUUAUUUCUCCAGGGCACGGUGGACAAUGGAUACUGCUAGACCUUUUGGAGAUAACUUGCACGAAGGAUCGUCUGCUGGCCUUCCGAACCAGGACCUGGUGAACAUUGGAUCGUGGGACGUCGAGAGUUCGGGGGCGAAUUAUGGAUUUGUUGAAUCUUCGGACGGCCCUGUCCAGCCUUCGGCUUCGCGCAAAAGGCGUUAUGAUCACGCUGAUCCGGAAGAGAGUGAAACUCCAACCUUUGACAAUCCUUCGGCUAUGGUUAAACAUCGAAGAAGUCCUGGUUCUCCCCCAGCCCCAACGACCCGGGAUGGCUCCCUUCUGGAGGAAUCCUCCGAUACCCACGUGACUUCGAAUGUCGCCCUUAGGAUAAUGCAAAAUAUGGGCUUUACUCGUGGCAAGGGCCUGGGUAAGAAAAACCACGGUAUCACUGAGCCCAUUCAGGCUUCCUCGCAUAAGGGUCGACGAGGUUUGGGUCACAGUAACCAGCCCCUGAUCAAAGCCAUUGAGAAAUGGGAUCCAUCCGAGGAAGUCGUAAGCGUCAGGGAGGAAAUCUCCUGGUUGACGAAUGAUGAGCAACCACCAACAGCAGAGGAUCUCAGGGAUUGGAUGCGCAGGGGUCCCUCGAAGGAGACAAUUGACGAUGAAACAUUAUUUUGCGAGCCCCAGGUUCUUCACCAGGUCAUCAGCUCGAAAAGCAUUUUUGAUGGUUUAGAAAAACGGGAAAUGCAAAGGGCGAGAACUCGUUCCAAUCCCUUCGAAACAAUCAGAGGUGUGUUCUUCCUCAAUCGAGCUGCUGUCAAAAUGGCGAAUAUCGACAGGGCCUGUAAUUUCAUGUUUACUAACCCGAGAACUGCGAAUCCACACGAGAUUCUCUACUUCGCCGACGUUUGCGCCGGUCCUGGAGGAUUCAGCGAAUAUGUACUGUGGAGAAGGAAGUGGCAUGCGAAGGGCUUUGGAUUCACCCUGAAGGACUCCAACGAUUUUCAACUAGAUAACUUUUAUGCUGGACCACCGGAAACCUUUCAUCCCUUCUAUGGACCCAAGGGUGAUGGUAAUGUCUAUGAUCCGGAGAAUCAACGUGCUUAUCAAGAACUUAUCAUGAAUCACACCCAAGGACAGGGUGUUCACUUCAUGAUGGCGGAUGGAGGAUUUUCGGUUGAGGGAAAGGAGAAUAUUCAGGAGAUUUUGUCAAAGCAGUUAUACUUGUGCCAAUGCCUGGUUGCCCUAAAGAUUGUGCGGACAGAUGGACACUUUGUUACUAAGUUGUUCGAUCUGUUCACACCAUUCAGUGUGGGGUUGAUUUACUUGUUGCAUAGAUGCUUUGAUAAAAUAUCAAUUUUCAAGCCGAAUACGUCUAGACCUGCCAACUCUGAGAGAUAUUUAAUUUGCGAGAAGAAGAAGAGUGAAGUUGAGGAUGUAAUCAACUAUCUCUCCUAUGCUAAUGAAGUUCUUCUGAGGGGUGACGAGAAAGACGAUGUCACGGAAUUGGUACCUCUGGAGUUGCUCCAGGAUGCUGAUAGCUUCCACAACUACAUUUGUAGUUCGAAUAACGAUCUUGGAAAGAAACAAGUUCUGGGACUGUUGAAGAUCGCUGCUUUCUCCGAGAAUCCGCGGCUCUCUGAGCCGAAGCAGACGCAGAUGAGGAAGGAGUGUCUGGAAUAUUGGUGUCUACCGGACCAGACUAGAAUAGUCCCCAAGCACUUCAAACCAGAGGAGAAACUUCGUUCGAUCGUUGUAGCACCGGUUCUGAAACAUCUGAGCGCUCCUCCCACCAUUUUGACUCCUGAAAAUGUGAAAGCUACUAUCCUCGGAAAUCCCUGUGAUUGGUAUGCAGUACUCUCUGGCUCGGGUGGCAGUGGAACAACACCUAGCAGAGAAUUGACCUUCUACUUGGGUAUGGGAAGGACCAAAGUCUUCAGGUUGGUGAACAAUACCUGGGAGAGGGCCGUCAACAUUGAACUGCCUCCUGAUACAUUUAUUUAUGCUGAACUGAUCGAGGAGAUGAGAGGACAGGGAAAGAAUAUACGAAGAACUGAAGCGUUGCAUGUGGUCGAUGCUUAUCUUCUUGGAGGUGAAGAUGUCAGCAAAAAAUCACUUCCAGAAAGGUAUGGCCUCAUCAAUAAAUUCUGUCAGGCCCUGUGGAAGCCCAACAACUCGGGGUACUGUCCAGUUCGCGCCAAGGAAUUGCAUCCUCUGGAUCGGGAGUUGCCCAUGAAACUUCAGAUACAACCUUGUACGUUGAAAAACAACAAGAAAACAUUUGCACAUUAUUUACAAGAGUCGUACCCGAGGAGGUCACGCACCGAUAACGACCCAUUAUUCUUUGUACCAAACAGUGUGGUAUUCUUGAAGACCACUAGUGCACCCUGGACACGAGUCAUCAGCAAGAAAACGAGCCAUCAUUAUUUCUUUAAUCCUAAGACGAAUGAAAACUUUUAUGAUAAUCGUCGACCAGAUACAGCUUGUGCCAGUUUUCUCGAGACGUUUGCCACUCGAUUGCAGUGGCAUUGGCUGGUGGAUACAUCUCUGUCCAUUGAUUCUAUCUACGAUAAUGUAAAACAGAAGUGCCCGGUUUAUCUACCGCAAGAUUGAUGGCAUAGAUUGAUUAUUACUUAGGAAGAAUCAAUUUUAUGAUUUCUCAUUGAGAUAUUUAUUGGGUGGUCAGGAAGAAACUAUAGGUUUUUUGUUUAGAAAAAUUAUUCCUAAAAAAGAUUUUUCAUUUUUCUGAUGAUCCCAUAAAUACUUAACAUUGUAAAAUAGUAAUUAGUUUAGUUUCUAGUAUUAAAACUAUUAUUGGCUUAUUAUUGUACAUAAUUAGUAGUCAGUAAGUGGCGAUAAUUGACUAGUUCAUAAAAAUUCAUUGGUAACAUUAUUCAUUUCUACUCAGAAAAAUAUUAAAUAGUUUGAUGAAGUCCACUCGACUUUUGUACAAUUCAAAGAACAUUCGAUUGAAGUUGUUAUCACACACUGAAAAUUGAAAUAGAAAAUGAAUGAACAAUUAGUUAUUCGAGAAAAUCUAUUGAUGGAUUUUUCUAAUAAAAUUUUCAGGCAACUUCAAUGAAAUUUGUGAGUGAAAACUUCAAGUUUUGGCAUUUCAUUUAACAUUUGUUUAAUAACAUGGCAAUCAUUACCAGGUCUCCAGGAGCUGGUAAUAAUCGACUGAACUUUAGAUAUUUUAGCCAUGAAUGUAAAUAGACCACGUUUAUAUAAUGGGAUAAAUGAAAAUAUAUUUGUAAUUCAAAUCCCAGUACUUAUAUUAACAUUAACAUUGUUUUAUCAAUUUAUUUUGUUUUCCAUCAUCAAUAUUGUUUGACUUUGGCUAGUGAUGACGAGUUGUAAUUAAAAUAGCUAUACGAAAAAUUUGCUUCUAAUGGAGUUAAUCCUUUAAGGUGAGAAGAAUCAGGGAAUAAAACAA